UUCUUAAAAAAGAUGGUAUUUUAGUGAUUACAUCACCUUAUUCUUGGUUUGAAACAUUUACACCAAAAAGUGAAUGGCUCGGUGGCUAUGAUGAAAUUAAUGGGUUUGAUGGUUUAAAACAGAUACUUUUACCAGGUUUUGAUUUAAUUGAUGAAAAAAAUCUUCCGUUUCUUAUCAGAGAAACUCGCCGAAAGCAUGAACUGAAUAUAAGUCAUGCUACAGUAUGGAGAAAUAAAUAA